CCGGCCCCCUUAUUAGCAGUUGCCUCACUUCCCAUUCAGCUCGCGUAGCUGCUGCUGUCUCUUUGUCCGUUGGCUCCAGCAACUUGACCCCCCAUAUAAAUACCGCCCGGGCUUUUCUUCCUCGACCUUCACCUUCACCCUUCGCCUUUUUGCCUCGUCCGCUUUUUUCCCCACCCUCUUGCAGCGAGCAGCUCUCUCUAGCUGUACACCUAAGCUUGCGCCAGCUGGUCCUAGCGCGACGCUUACUAAAUCAAGCCGCAGCUCUGCCGAUCAGCCCUGCCCAAAAAUUCUAGGCUCGGACUUUCGAACAAACAACACCUCACCUCGACCGGCCAACCAUCAGCUCUCGAUCAACCCAGCACCAUCACCAUGGAAUACGAAACCGACCAACGCCCCUACGACGACGAGCCUCGCGGCUAUGAGCGCGAUCGCAGUAGGUCGCCGCGCGGUGACCGUCGCGACAACGACAACGCGCGCGCCCGCAGCGCCUCUCCCAACGAUCGUGACAGCCGUGGCCCGCCACCAGAGCGCAGGAACGAUGACGACGAGAGCCGCAACUCGGGCUCCAACCUCUUCGUCACGGGCAUCCACCCUUCGCUCAGCGAGGACGAGGUGACGCGUCUCUUUGAGAAGUACGGCGAGGUCGAACAGUGCAACAUUAUGCGCGAUCCCCAUACCAAGGAGUCUCGCGGCUUCGGCUUCGUCAAGAUGGUCACGUCAGACCAGGCUGACGCAGCCAAGGAGGGUCUGCAGGGCGAAGUUCACCAGGGCAGGACGUUGAGCAUCGAGAAGGCACGCCGUGCGCGCCCGCGUACUCCUACUCCGGGCAAGUACUAUGGCCCACCCAAGCGUGAGUUCGGUGGCCGUGGAGGUCGGGGCGGCGGCGGCGGUGGCCCUCGUUAUGGCGAUCGCUACUCUGAUGACCGUCGCGGUGGCGGAGGCUAUGGCCGUCGCGAUGAUUACGGUUCUCGUGGUUCCCGCUAUGACGAUCGCGGCUACAGUGGCUCUCGCCGAGAUGACUAUGGCCCGCGCGGAGUCGACCGCUACGCUUCUGAUCGCAGCUAUGGCGGCAGGGAGGGCGGCCGCGAUGACCGUCGAGGUGGCGGAGGUGGCUACUAUGACAGGCCUCCUCCCCCAGCCGCUGGUGCCGGUGGCUACGGCGAUGCACCGCCUCCGCGCGAGGCGUACAGCGGAGGACGCUCGUACGAGGGUGAUAACGAUCGCUCUUACCGCUAGCCGUCUUUGCUGACCCUGCCAGAACCCAAGCGGUACUAAGAUAGGGUUCGUGUGGCUGUUCCUCGGUUUGGUACCUCUCUCUCUCUCUCUCAGCACUUCACUCCUGUAAUCCUAUGGCUACUUCACUGGGUUCAGUUUAAUACGGCUUCUUCACACACGCGCACACACAGGGAUAUGGUCAACAAAAGUUCUUCGAUAUAGUUCGCAGCAGCGCAAGGUAGCACACUUCGAUAGUCUGCCAUCUCGCAGCUCGACCUCUUCCUAGCCCUUCUUCGGCUCGGUGGUUUUCCUUGGAGAAACGGUUUCAGCAAUUCGGUAAAGGCUUUUUA